AUGGUAAUGGUAAUCCCGGGCAGGGUUGCCGAGGAGGGGUCACGUGUCCAGCCAUCCGCUUACCGAGAUCGUUUCCGGGUGGAGCAGAGGAAAAGAGGAGCAACCCAGUCAGACUGGAGCCCUGCGGCUGCAUUCUCGGGAUCAACGACGGUACAUUAUGGACUUGGGACUUUGUGCACAGCCAGUCUUAACCCCCCACACACGAGUGCUUGCUUCUUCGAUGACAAAUCGUCCAUAACUUCCUUUAUGGUGAAUCUGAUUGGAUAUCCCAACCCUCGGACCGGUGCUCCCCAUGAUUCCACCGACUCUGAAUGCCGUGGAUGUUCUCCGUUGCUUCAGUUGAACAAUCCGUCCCACUUACCCCAGUUCCCAGACAGUAUAUAG